AUGAAGAGAUUCUUCUUACAGAACCCCUGCGCAGAGUUGAGCCCAUCUAUGCUGGCGGUUUAGUGGAGGCUUACAAGAACAAGAUCGCUGAUGAGGGCCGUCUGUUUAUGGAUGAGUUUCAGAGCAUUCCCCGAAUUUUCUCUAAUUACACCAUCAAAGAAGCGAAGAAAUCAGAAAACCAGUACAAGAACCGCUACGUUGACAUUCUGCCUUAUGACUAUAAUCGGGUAACUCUCUCAACUGGAGGUGAAGACAACUACAUCAAUGCCAGCUUUAUCGAGGGAUAUCGAGAGCCAAAGAAAUACAUUGCAGCCCAAGGACCCAAGGAUGAGACAGUUGUUGAUUUCUGGCGAAUGGUUUGGGAGCAAAAGUCGUCCAUUAUUGUCAUGGUCACCCGUUGUGAGGAAGGAAACAAGACCAAAUGCGCUCAGUACUGGCCAUCUCUGGACAGAGAGACUGAGAUUUUUGAAGAUUUUGUGGUGAAAAUCCGAUCUGAGGAACACUGCCCUGAUUAUGUCAUUCGCCAUCUGAUCCUGAACAAUAAGCGAGAGAAGGGGUCAGAAAGAGAGGUCACUCAUAUCCAGUUCAUCAGCUGGCCUGACCAUGGUGUGCCUGGAGACCCCAGCCUGCUUCUGAAGCUCAGGAGAAGAGUCAACUCUUUCAAGAACUUCUUCAGUGGCCCGGUGGUGGUCCACUGCAGUGCAGGGGUCGGCCGCACAGGAACAUAUAUGAGCAUUGAUGCAAUGAUUGAAUCUCUUGAGGCAGAAGGCAGAGUGGACAUCUAUGGAUUCGUAGCAAAACUACGUCGCCAGCGUUGCCUCAUGGUUCAAGUGGAGGUGAUUUGAUUUUAAUCACUGAUU